AUGGCCAUCACACCGACACAAUUCGCGCAGAAGACGCGCCAGUCUGCCAAUUGGCCCGAGGCCAAGCGACGAGUGCUUCACUCCUACCGACAAUGGAUCCGCGCGGCUCCUGAGGUCCAGACCAUGUACAAUCUGCCCAUGCCUGUGUCGGUUAUCCGCACCCGGAUGCGUGAGGAGUUUGAGCGCCACCGCUUUGCCAACAAGCUCUCCGUCGUGGAUGUGCUGCUGUUCAAGAGCCAUGCCGAUUACCAGGAGACGAUGAACUUCUGGCGCCAGACCAACCACAUCAUGUCUUACUUCAAAAACGAGAACUUCAGGGGAGACGACAGGCUACCCAAGAGCUUCAUGUCCGGAUUCCUCGAGGGCCGCAACUAG